AUGAGCGAUUCCAGCGAAUUGGCGGGGCGCGCAUCCAUCAAUUUCUCGAAGUAUCUCGCCCGACACCAGUCGACCCCGCCGACACACAUCUCACCGCGGUACUUUACGACAACCAGAAACAUGAAGUCCGACUCGGCUGCGAAGCUAUCCUACCACGUUGCUGCGUCCUUUACCGCAAAAGACCAUCCCUACGACCCAUCAACACACAUCUUUCACUUCAAUCCGUAUAAUCGUAUCCAGCAAAACCGGAGCAAACGCUCCAGACCAGACAGCGGACAUGAUGCUUUCUUCGUCAGUCGGGUAGGCGACUCCGGCGCAGUAGCCCUCGGUGUGGCUGAUGGUGUUGGCGGCUGGGUAGACUCCGGUGUUGACCCGGCGGAUUUCUCACAUGGUUUCUGCGAUUACAUGGCUUCGACAGCCUACGGACAUGGCUCAUUCAAGGACGACCCUACAACAAAGGGCACGGGCGAUAAGGAGUCGCUACGAGCGCAAGAUCUGAUGCAAAAGGGGUACCAGGCGAUCAAUGAAGACAGUACUGUCGUUGCUGGUGGCAGCACAGCUUGCGUUGCUGUGGCUUCUUCAGACGGUAACCUCGACAUUGCCAACCUAGGGGACUCUGGCUUUAUCCAGCUCCGAUUGAACGCCGUACACACCUACUCCGAACCCCAAACGCACGCCUUCAAUACUCCUUAUCAGCUCUCCAUCGUGCCUCCCAGCGUAGCCGCUCGAAUGGCGGCGUUCGGUGGCCAGAACCUAUGCGACUUCCCCAAAGACGCUGAUGUCACUCGCCAUGACCUCCGUCACGGCGAUAUUAUUGUCUUCGCAACAGACGGUGUGUGGGACAACCUGUUUAACCAGGAUAUCCUGCGUAUUGUUAGCAAUGUCAUGACAACGACAGGCGCAUGGCUCAUGACGAAGAAUGGCGUCCGCAUUGUCGACAAUCUCAAGCCCUUCACCAAGCCCGCCGAAGACGCCUCAGAGCGACCGUCGACAAAGUUUCUCACCUUACAGAGCGUGCUCGCGGCGGAGAUCACGUCCGCCGCCAAGUCAGCAAGUCUCAACCGUAACGUUGACGGCCCCUUCGCCAAGGGAGUACAGAAGUACUACCCGCAGGAGAACUGGCACGGUGGCAAGAUUGACGACAUUUGCGUUCUCGUACUCAUUGCGUCGGACGACUCAAAGGCCGCGGCCAAGAGCCGCCUCUGA